UGCUCGUUGACCCAAAUCUGGCGUGUUGCGCAACCCUCCCAAAAUCAGUGUGUAUAAAAAGGAGAACACGCAUUUAGUCACCAAGACACUCUGGUUUUUUCUCCACUGAGACAGAAAAACAGGGAUUCACAGCCAAGAUGAAACUGUACCUGGCAGUUGCCGUGCUGAUGCUGGCCUUUGUGGCAUACACAGAGGCCCAGGACGCCACUGGAUUUGCCGAUUUCCAAGAAAAAAUCACAGACUUUGGCAAGACGUUCGCUGAGAACGCCAAGACCCACUUUGAGACAAUCAAGAACAGUGAAUUUGCCCAAAACACACAAAACUGGUUCACGGAGCAGUUCCAGAAGCUGAAGGACCAGCUCCAGUCAAACUAAACUUGAUGUCUUCUGCACCGGUUGUCGACCUCCUCUUCAUCUGGGGGUUGAUUUGAGAAUCUUGGCUGUAAUCUUUGUUGGAAAAAUGUGGAAAAAGUACAAUAAAAUAUGUCAAAAUGUGAAAAAUAA